CAGAGCACGUUAAAUCCAGACGCUGCCGAAUUCGUCCCAGGUUUGAAACCUUCAAUGACGGGGGUUAGCGUACCACCAGAGCUUGCAGCGGAAUCAUCGUAGAGGCCCUUCAUCUCAUUAUCAAUGGAUACAAGUGCAUUGCAGAAUUGCCCAGAGUCCGUCAAAUAACACUGUAUUGGGUAUUUUAUCUGAACCGUGUUAGAGUUAAAUAUUGCAUGCUGGCGACUGUAUAAUCAAAGAAGUGAAUCACCGUGAACGAUUAGCAAAUGAAGGAAUUAUUAUUGUACAAUGAUUGAAUUCAACAUCACAUUAUUACAUAACGAUACGUUACCGACGCGUUUGUUUAUGCUCCAAUUAGCUUCAAUUAGCGGGCUGAUAUUCGAAAAUCCUAAGGAAUUCAUGAUUUUUUUUUAAGUAGUAUUCUUUCAAGUACACAAAAUACUUCGGUCAGUUUGUACGUGUUUUCUACCAUGAACCAUGCAAAAUAUAUAUUUCCUGAUUGUAAUGUGAUAUUUAACUCAUUUACAUAAGUCGCGUGUUCGUGUAACUAACGAUUUUAAAUUCUUUCUUAUUUUUAAGUCAUAUCGAAGCUUCGAUGUCAGUAUAAAUAAGUAAAAAAAUUGUUAAUGAAUAUGAUGAAUCCUAGUUUCUUUGUUCGUAUAUUCACUUUGUAAUUUAAAAAUGACACUUUUUCAUGUAUUUCGGGAAAACCGUUACUACGGGAAUUAUAUAUUUUUUGCAUGGAACACCGUCGUAUUUACAGUUAAACGAUUUCGGUAUAGCAGACUUGGGCGUGAAGCAGAUACUUUAGGUCAAUGAGUAGAUUUGAUAGAAUGCCUAUUACACACAUAAGAAUUAAACGAGAGGAAUAGUUAUCGAAUGGUACUCCGAGAGUAAGAGCAAACUUCUCUUCGAUAGCGACUGUUGUUGCUGUCUGUAUCGAAAGGUUUAUUGUGAGGAAUGUAACGUCCAGCCUCGCUUAAAACUAGUCCAAGUGUGCUUCAAAUCCCGAAACGAAUAAUAUCAAAUAUUUACUAGUAGUAAGUCCUGAACGUGUAUCUAUGGCUGUAUGAUACGUUUACUAGGUUCACAACUGUCACAUAUUGUGUACAUGUAAUAGAAUUGUGGCUUGUAGUAAACGGUAUUGAUACAUCGUACUUUUAUUCUACGAAUAUACGUACAUAUAUUCGUUAUGAAAGAAUAGAUCCGACGACAAGAUCUCGGCUUUUUACACGAAAAAGAUAUGGCUUAUGUACGGCCGCCGGUAUACAAUUCAUUCGGGUUUGGAAAAUCUUAAAAGCGUAAUAUCUUUGAGGAAUGCAUUUGUGUUAACUACUCUAAAAACUAGGUAUUGUUAGUUAAUUACUACAUGACGUAACUUGUGUUUCUUCACAUUUCUCUACUUUAUCUAAUUUAUAGAGACAGGAAACAAGAUCAAUUAUAAUCGAACUUUUUAGUAUUGCUGAAGUACUUUAAGAUAGCAUAUAGAUUCUAAUAUCUUGGACGGAAAGAAAUUCCUGAAAAUUCUUCACUGGCCUCAUUUUUAUUUGAAUUGUUAUUUUCUACAUUUUACAAUAUUACAUUAAUUUUUCUUGUAUAAAAAGCAUUGCGAAAGACGAUAUUUAAUUUUAAACGUUUCUGAUCUAUGUAUAGAAAUCAAGAAGUUUGCAGUGUUAAGCGAUGAAAGAUUUUCUACGCAAAAGAUUACAAAUUCUUUAAUGGGAGACAUUCGCAUGGAAAUUUAAUAUUAAAUAUUCAUAUUAUGCUUUAUUUAAAUUGUUUUUCUAUCUUGUAUGUAUUGCAAACAUAAUUAUUAACUUAUUAGAAAUAUAAUUGCUUAGUUUUAGCCGACAAAAUUGCUCCAAAAUUGAAGCUCCAAGUUACAGUGUAUUUAAUUGGCAGACGUGUAAAUGAAUAAUAUGAUCUUACUUAUUAUUGGAAAUAGUUAUUUUUUUGUAAAAACUUGUUUUGUAACAAUACUCUAUUUUUCGGGUUGUUAAUACAAUUUUUCGUAAAGUAAAAAUGACCGUUUAUCUGGAAAGAAAUGAAUGCAAGCGGAUUCUGGGUUUUACGUUAACUACUUACCUUAAAUAAAUGUAAAAGAUCUCAAAAGGGUGUCUAAGGCAGACCAAGAAGGAAUUUCUUCAUGGCCCUUCAAUUUUAUGAAGGCCAAUUCAUCACGGAUUCACUGUUCUGUAGUACACUGGCGGACAUGAAAGCUUUCCUAUCAUGCAUUAGCGCCACCAUGUCUUCAGGGUAGGCAUUCAUGUUCAUCGCUGUACAGUGUCUGUAAAAUAAAUAGAUUAUUAUUCCACAAUCGGAACAUGAAACAAAGUACAUGGUAAGAGUAUUUCUUUUUUAAAAUUCUUGGCAAGUCGUUUAAAAUAAUUUUACUUCAUGAAUCUUGUUAUGGUAAAUUAUGGGAUUGCAAAAAAACCUAUUUCGUACAAAGAUAAUAGUUUUCAAUUUUUACAGCACUUUGAAGAAAGUACAUCGAAUUAACUUUUUGGGUGCUAAAUGGGUUCCGUCCUUAUUACUUUUGCAUUUCUUCCAUAUACACCUAUAUUUAAAAAAUCUCUCCGUUGUUAUUAAUUUUUAAACUUGUUUGAAGGUGGAAUAGAACUUUGCGAAAAUAUAAACUCUCGAUAUUGAAGAAAAGUGAAUAUGAAAAUAAAUGCAUCCUUUAUGGGAGUUUGGUAACUAUAUGAUCAAUCUAAUAAUUUUUGUUUUCUUUUUAAUAGUCUUCCGACUGUGUUAUUUUAAGGGUCCAGUAAAGUUAGAUCGGCCAUUACGGCCGGGCUAUAUUGAAUUUGGACGUCAGCGGCGAGAAAAACGCGUAUGAAUUGAAUUCUCAAGCGGUAUUUAGCUACAAUUUUGGCGUUUUCGACAAAAUGUGGGUGUCGUAAUAAACAGUGGAGGUGUAAACCGUGUCAACUGGUCCAUAUUUGCGUUGAAAUUGUGUUCGUUGUCGAAUCGUAACCUCGAAAUCCUAACCUAGUCAACGGGCCAAUUUUCGUAUUUUCGGAGAGUGAUAUCUCGUUUGACAAUGCACGAUCCAUCAUAAACCGACCGGCUGACAAAUUUCGGGAAAAUCUACUCAAGUAAUGGUUCACAAGUAAUGGUUCUUGUUAGCAAGUGUUAUUCACUUCGGAGAGUACCGAUUGGAAAUUGUAUGCAAUAUCCUCGCCUCUGACGUCAAUCUUCAAUAUGGUUAACGUGGCUUUACUAGACCCUUAAAUUAGAAGCAGUCUUGCACAUAACAUUUUUGCGAUUCAAGGUCGGUACCGAGAAUGAUCUAAAUAGAUAAUUAGUAGCCCAUUGUUUACCUAUAAAAUUAUCAUAGUCCUAACUAUACAUUUUUAGGCAGUUUUAAUAGGGGGGGCCUAAAAUCAAGAUUAUACUAUUAUGCAGGGUAUGUAUUAUUACUAGGAUAGAAUAAAACCUCAUUUUUCUACAUUAUAUUUUUUCAUAAUGGAACAGUUGUUCUUUUUUAAAGAAUUAAUAUUAUAAAAUGCCAUCUUUUAUUACCACAAAAACGGAGACUACAGUCAUUUAACUAUUUACUGAUGUGUUAGGUACACUAUAAUGAUAAGUUUUUGUGCAAAAGAAUUUUUAUCUCUGUAAUUCGAAUACCAUUAAACAAAAAUUAUGGAUUCAUUGGAAUUAUUAUAUACCCUGUUAUGUGUAUAAACGAUUGAGGGUUCCUAAAUUAAAUAUUAGGACUAUGAGUAAUUUCAAGAUCGAUUAUGCCUCAUUGUAUACAUACACAUAUAUAUACACACACACACACACACGACUCUACGGGAGUAGAAUGUUAAUUGGUUAACAUAAAUGAAUAUGUUGAUAUGUUGAUAAGAUGAAUUCAACUUUCGCUGUGUUGAUUAAUUAACGUAAUUAAAGACUUAAAUCAACAUUUUUGACGAAAAAUGAUGAAUGGUGUCGAAAACUCUGAAAAACCUUCAUUCUCUAUCAGAGCCUGAUUAUAUGUAAGCAUGGGAAUGUGAUGAAAAGAAAAAUUAAACAAAAAAAGAAAGGGCAUAAUAUGUAUACGUAAUAAGAGGUUACUUAUAUAAGAUUAUCUUUACUCAUAUUAUUUUACAAUUGCUUUGAGGGUUCCUGGUAUCUUCCAGUACAUCCAUCUUGGUUACUCUUCUUGCUCUGUGUACUUUAAGCAGGAGUGUGUGAUUUCAAUUUGUACAAAAAAGAUUUUAUUCAUUCUGCACGGAUGUCUAGGCGACAUGCGAAAUAAUUGUAAAAAAUAUAUAAUAUUAAUUAUGCGGAUUGAUAUUCAAAUUUAGCGAUACUCACAUGUCACUGAUAUUUUUUACUUACUCUUCGUUCGAUUUAUCUCGAUGUUUUGAACCAUCAAUGAAACAAAUACGUAAUCCAUGCGCAAUUUUAGUGUUAAUCUAGAUGCUGUAUUUGAGGUACUUCCAGACCACUUCUGAUUUGAAUGUUUGUUAUUUUCAGUAAACUAACUAAAAUUUACAAUAUUAGACAAGAAAAGGUUUAACUAUAAAAUUAUGUUUAGCUAUAGACCAAUAAUUGAUGUGUAUAUCUAAUUAAACUCUUAGCAAUA